AUGUCUAUCGGUUACUUGUCAGAGUCUUGGACUGCCACAGCUCCUUCGCCUCAUCCACCUAGAAAACUCGAUCUUGAGGUACGCCAUUUACUUGAAGACGUCCGCGAGCUUUCCUCAAUACCAUUGAAACUCUGUUUGGAGGAGUGGGAUAAGUUGACAUCGCUUUUGCUCGAAGGACUCACACACUCGGAAGAGCUUUCAAUAAAAAAGUGCAGUUCCAUUAAAACAUUGGGCCUUUCAAGAUUUAUUCAUCUGAAACGAUUACGCAUUGAGCAUUGCGAUAGCCUAGUUGAAAUUAAGGGCUGUGAUAAUUUGGAGUCCUUGGAGGUCAUAUUUUUAUAUUUUUGCAAGUGUUUGAAGAAAUUCAAGGCUUCUGGGUGCGGCAAUCUAAUUGAAAUUCAAGGUCUUGAUGGUGCAAAGUCCUUAGAAGAGUUGGAUUUUACAGGAUGCAAAUCAAUGGAGACUUUGCCAGAUUUGACGGGAUGUGAGAAGUUACGAUCUCUAAGAGUUCAAGAUUGCAAGAAACUUGCUCACCUUCGGGGACUUGAAAUGUUGAAUUUAACUUAUUUGGAUAUUUCUGGUUGUGACUCAUUGGAAGCAAUACCUAACUUAUUUUUAUAUGAAUGCAAGUGUUUGAAGAAAUUCAAGGCUUCUGGGUGCGGCAAUCUAGUUGAAAUUCAAGGUCUUGAUGGUGCGAAGUUCUUAGAAGAGUUGGAUUUUACAGGAUGCAAAUCAAUGGAGACUUUGCCAGAUUUGACAGGAUUUGAGAAGCUACGAUCUCUAAUGGUUCGAGACUGCAAGAAACUUACUCAGCUUCGGGGAUUUGAAAUGUUGAAUUUAACUUAUUUGGAUAUUUCUGGUUGUGACUCAUUGGAAGCAAUACCUAAAUUAUUUUUAUAUGAAUGCAAGCGUUUGAAGACAUUCAAGGCUUCUGGGUGCGGCAAUCUAGUUGAAAUUCAAGGUCUUGACGGUGCGAAGUUCUUAGAAAUGUUGGAUCUUACAGGAUGCAAAUCAAUGGAGACUUUGCCGGAUUUGACGGGAUGUGAGAAGUUACGAUCUCUAAUAGUUCAAGAUUGA